AUGACACCCCAAAAAUGAAAUAUGACUUGACCUUGGAAAUGAAAUAUGACACCCCAAAAAAAAGUGGUCUCGAAAAUGAAAUAUGACACCCAAAAUCUAGUUUUCCGAAAACCACCCAAUUUAAUUAUCUAAAAUAUUUGACCUUCAAUCGUCUAAUACACCUGCUAAUGUGACAGUUCAAUAACUUUGCUUAUGUGAGUUGACCACAUCCGCUUGUCGUCUAAUAUUUCGAACGUCUCAGAUAUUAAUCAGUGUCAUUCUCGGAUCUCGUUAGCAGAAACGAGGAACCCUUGACUUCACAAGUUUAUUUUCCCAUCAGCUCUCUGCUUAUGUCAACUGGUCACAUCGGCUUGUGCUAGUUCAUUACCCUUAUCAUUUCCUCCCGCGUUGCUAACGUUCGCAAACCUAUGGACAUAUAUACGCGCAGCAUUUCGUUUUUAGUAUUCAGUUCUUACGCGAGUGUGACAAGUUAAUAAUUACCACAAAAUGAAACUAUCAACUAACAACAAUUCCGCUGGUGCUCCGAAUCCACCUAUAAGCAUCCUGCAGGAUAUUCUCCUGCAGGCAUCGCAACAGCCGAGGAGUGUAGCGACAACAUCGGAACCACGACCCCCAACGCCCGUAAUUUCGCUGGCAGAUAGUGACAUUGAGGACGAGUUUGGGCCACUUUUUGAAAACAUUACGCCGCCAACUGAAGCAGCCGCCGUGGUGCAGCGGCCACCUCAGCAGUUUGGCGGCAAAGACUUAAAUAUGCUGCGUCGGGAGGAGACAAAUGCCGCCCAGGCCCCCCUCAAAAAGCUGCAAGGGUGCAAGAAGUGAGGUCACGCCAGCAGCAGCAGCCGGCACUACCACCACCCACGCAACCACCUGUGCAGGCCCCUCAACAGCUUCUGCCACCACCACCAUCGCAGCAACAUCGGCGUACUGCAAGUGGACGCCGGCAGCAGCAGCAGCUGAGACAGCAGCCGCAGCCGAGACAGCAGCAGCAGCAGCCACCACAGCCACCGCAGAUGAUGAUGCUCCCGCCAACCAAUCUGCGGGAGCUAAAACAAAACACGCUGCAGUGGCUGCAGGAGCUACAUGCGUGCUACACACAAAGUGAAGCCAUGCUCUCAAAUAGGGCGGCCCAAUUGCAGGUCGACCUAUUUGAGACGAACGGCAACUUGGAGGUAGCACGUACGAAUCUCAGAGGUGCCGAAGAAUUUAUAAGGGCAAUAAAUGACUUAAACGUGUGAGUGUGUGGGUGUGCGCGGUUAAUUUUAAGGCUAAUUUUAAUUU